AUGUUUAAUAGACCAUUAAGAUUAUUAAAAAAUGCUAUUCGUUAUUUAGCAAAUCGUGAUAAAUGUGACUAUCAUAAAGAUUCCUUUAUUCAAGCAACCAAAUGUGUUGAUCAUUAUUCUCACUCAAAUUCAGAUGUACAUAUAAUACCGGUGUCGGUAGCUACUGCCGAAUAUUCAUUUUCUGUCAUGAAAUUAAUUAAAAUUUAUUUACACAAUAGAACAGCUGAUGAAAGACUUCGUAAUUUAGCUUCUCUCAGUAUUCAUAAGAAUACAACUCAACAACUUGUAGAUAUCGAAAAUAUUAUUGAAUCUUUGUUUAAUUAUAAAUAUUUUUCAUUGUGUUGUUAG